CAAAUACCUGAAGUCGGCCUACGGUUUUCGCCCCUCACUUAAAGCACCAUACCACCUACUAAUAAUAAUAAGGAAUGAUGGCCAACUAUCUGAGAGCCUGGAAAACGCUUAGUUAUACGAAAGAUCGGAAAUUGCAUUAUACAUUAGAACACAAUCGAGCAAAGAAAACCUGUACGAGUACUUGAGCAAGUCUUAUCAUCACAUGCGCUAUAUAUCAUCUUUAUUCGUGGAACACAUCAUCUCCCAUCAUGGACGGUUCGAAUGCGUCAGACAGGCUCACUACUCAAGAAAUGGAGGAAGGCCAUCUUCAACCGGUACAAGAUGACUCUGCCCUUACCGAUGAGGCAACACUCUUUGCCAGCCCUUUACCUAUCGUCGGCGAAAGAAAAACAACAACAAGAAAGGAGGUCUGGUCUUGGUACAUUUACUACGUCGGCAACUCCGGACUAGGUCCAUUCAAUUUUGCCAUAUCGGCAUGGCAAAAUCUGUUAUAUUUGGCAGGAUGGGAUCCUGCCUACCCAACGGGUACUGUCCCAUGCGGUGAUGGGGCAUGCAAUCUCAUUGCUUUUGGGUCAGAGCGGUCUGUCAACUCCAUUGUUCUGAUCACAAACGGCCUUUCUUUCGCUUUCCAAGCGGUUCUUUUCCUCAUAAUGGGAUCGUUCGCGGACUACGGUAUCAUCCGACCUCACAUUACGACCGCAUUUACUGUGUUAGCAUGGGCUGUUAGUUUUGCAUGGCUGGGGGUGGAAGAUCCCUCCAAAUGGCAGGCUGGAACAGCUUUGUAUAUCUUAGGUCUCAUCGGUUAUCAAGGCGCCUUGACUUUCUGGACAGCGGCAUUCCCAGGCCUUGCUCGAGAUUUACCGGAAAUAAAAGAUAGUGAAGAAAAACUUGCUCGAGGAGACACCGACCGGAAGUCCCACGAUAGGCUUGACAUGCUGGCACGGAAUCGCCUCGCCAAUGUCUCUUUCCUUGUCUGCUCAUUAGGGGAACUAGUUGUACUCGCUAUCUUGGCUGGGAUUUUGGAAGGGGUGAUCAACGAUGACGCCGAUAGCAACACCAAAGCUUUGAGUAUUGUUUGCGCCUACAGUGCUGGUGUUUGGAUCAUAUGCGCCACCCCAUGGCUGCUGUUCGAGCAAUACCGCCCGGGGCAUCAGCUUCCUCCUCACACGACAUAUUUUACCGUUGGGAUCAAACAGAUCUACCACGCCUUUCGUUUAUGCUUGCGUCUAAAACAAACAUUUAUCUAUCUCGCGGCCUAUUUUUUCUUGGGCGAUUGCCUCAAUACUCUCGUCACAGUCAUUGCGACAUUGCAAAACGAAGUCGUGUCCUAUGAUACCAAGAUGCUCAAUUAUCUUCUCAUUGAUGGCAUCGCAGCUCAAGCUCUGGGUAUCGGACUCUUCUGGGCCGUGCAGAAACGCUACACAAUACCCACGAAAACGAUGCUCUUGUUUAAUGCCUUCUGGAUCCUUCUAUUGGCUGCCUGGGGAUGCGUUGGCAUAACACAAACUAGAUUUGGCUUCCAUAAUGCAUGGGAAUUCUGGGCUUACCAAGCUUUCUAUGGAAUCGCCGUUUGCCCUUGGUACGCAAUUUCCCAAGCUAUGAUCUCUGAGGUCAUACCACGAGGAAAAGAGUUCUUGUUCUUCGCUCUUUUUUCCAUCAUCGGCAAAACCUCAAGUUUCAUUGGGCCUUUUGUAUCAAGUGCUAUCAUUGACGACAGCGGCAACACCAAUAUGCCUUUUACAUUCCUGCUAGGUUUAGGAGUGGUCUCAGUGGGGAUCCUUGCCUGUGUUGACGUGGAAAAAUCUCGAAAAGAAUGUAGGAAAUACCUUGAAGACGAGGCAAUCCGAGUGUACGGAAUGGAUUUGGCAGACGUGGUUGUGAUUAGUGGUCAAAGCAUAGAAAUGAAUAAGGCAGGAAGAACCGGAGCAAGCGUUGAGGAAACUGAAAAAGGGGAUCUCAUUGCAUAGAAAGCUUGAUAUGCUUAUUUUGUAGCCAGUUUGGCGGAUUAAAAGUGGGGAUCCUACCAUACUUCUUUCCUGUUGUUAAGGACCACGUAGGAGGUAGGUAGUCUAAUUAGAUAAGACCGAUAGUUAUAGCAGAAUAGAGGUAUACACGUCCAAUACAUAUGAUUGAGAAGAACUGAUUCUCAAGGGAUCUCCGAAAGUAUAUGGGGAGACCUAUGUACAAUCAAUGCAAUCAACUCCCUAUUUG